CUCUGACUAACCUGUUCAGUGGAUCUAAAAAUCUGACACUACAAACCCACAUAGAAUGAAUUCUUUAUACACCCUGUCUAUGCACUUCUGCCUGGCUCUGCUGGCCUGUGCCCACCCCCUGCCAGAGUAUUCUGGAGAAAUCGGACUUGUCAUGGAAGAUCCAGAAUUCCAGAAAGUAGUCAGCCAGAGCUGGAGCUUGGUGAAGAAGAUCCAGGAUGACAUUCCAGAGGUGACCAAGGCUCUGGCCCUGCCAGACUAUAAGGACAUAGACCUCCAGAUGAUGGCCGCCCAGCUGGGAAUCCCCUCUGCCCCUGUCCUCAAGGCCCUGACUACAGAAUUCACCCUGGAGACAUCUCUCACCAGAAUGACAGAGGGGCUCCAGAUGUUCCAGCACCUCCUAACCAUAGUCCGUGAUCAUUCGGUGGCUCCUGAGAAGCUGGACAUCCUCCUGGCUGACAUCAGGGACCUGAUGACCCAGAAUUACAAGGUGUCCCAGUUGGCCCAGCUGGAGAUCAAUGUGGUGCAGUACGUCGACUCGGGGCUGGCGGCCCGGCUGGCCGGGGAGUUCGAGAAGCGCGUGGCGGCGCACAUCGUCCUGGCCAACCUGCGGGCCUUCGCCCAGGACGUGCACCGCAGCCUGCGGCACAUGAGCGCCAAGAGCCAGCGGGCGGCGAGGACGUGAGCCAGAGAUGGUAAUCCUACACUGGACAAAAGAAAACCCAGCCUCUCUUAGCAAAAAAACAUACUUUCUUGUCUCAAAACAGCCUAGAAAAUAUGUUUUACAGCACCUCUUUGUUGGGAAAAAAACCUCUGAUGGUUUAAAAGCCAAAUAGGAUUCAUUUAGUAAUGCUAGAUUGUGAUCCAUGUCACUGUUUCUCGGCCACAGACAGAAGAAUAAGCCUGUAAGUCUCAAGAAGCACCUUUGUAUUUUAGGAAGCAUGAGAUUUAGCUGUGUUUUUUCUACAAAAAAACAACAUAUACAUUGAUCAAAACAGGAUUUUGUCUAUUUACAUUCUUCGGGCACAUAAUUCAAGCAAUGCCAAAAUAGCAAUUUGAGCUGUGAGAUACUUUUGGUCUCCUUGCUUUUAAAGAGAUCACUGCAGGAUCCAGGGUGCCUUGUUAUCACAGCUCUUCUGUUCUGGUCAGGUGUGGAGACAGUGACAUGGCAGGUACUGAAUCUUUCCUAUCGCUAGGCUGGUGUGCACCCAAUUGCACCCCAUGCAAUCGGAUUUGUAGGGAUCUCCUCCUUUGUAGGCUUAGGGAAAUAAUUUCUCAGGAGAUAUCAAAGGUUAAUACCUUAUUCUUUAAAUAAAUUCUGAAAUUCUUAUUUAUUAAGGGGGAAAGGGGCUAGAAGGGCUAAAAGCAAAAUGGUUUUGUUCUAUUUGAUAAAUAUUUGUAUUCUGCAAAAGGUUGCCAAGGUUGACGGGGUUACUUUUCAAAAACAUGGGGAAUUGAAGAAAAAAACCAUACUGGCCCCAUGCGUAGUCAGGCCCUGACUCACCAACGUUGCGUGUCAUGACCAUGACUCGGCAGAUCCUCCCUGAUGCUCCGGGGUGAAUCCUGGCACACUGCUGACCAUGACUCAGCGCUCCGGUGAUGCCACAGGGAGGCAAGACUCCGGGCUUAUUUUCUAAUUAAUUUAUUUGACUUAUUUACCUAUUUAUUUGAUUAUUUAUUCACACAAGCAAAGAUGAUAUUAUUGUUUUUCUUCUAUAAGCUAGAUCAUUCCCCCUCCUUCAUACUCUUUGUAUUUUGAUGACAUACUGUACAUAUUGACAAAUAAAACAUUUUUUAAAACACACACACACAGACAUAUAUAUAUAUACUUGCACUGAUUUAAAAAUACUGUACAUAUCUCUACAGGAAUGAUAAAAACUACUUGCAACACCAGCGAGUUGUACAUUGGUUACAGUGCUGGGCACUGUGUACCAGUAACAGGCUGUGGAGAACGGACAUGGCCCUGUGCUCCCAGCAUGUCUGCGUUUCUUUACCUUGGCUGUUCUUAACGCUCUCCUGGAAUUGCCAGCAGAGUGUAGGAGUCUCCAGCGCUGCCUGGAUGGAGAGAGCAUCUACUGGGCAGUGCCGGAGUUGAUUAAGAGAACAGGCAAGGAGUGACUGCGGUAGCAAGCAAUAUCUCUGCAUUCAGAGAGCAGAGAGGACAGAAUCUGUCAUGUUGUACAUGAUGAUGUUCUAAAGAGUUCUGACAGACCCCAGCUGUCGCUCUGAGCUUGUGGUCUUUUUCGCCAGGAGGUGACAUGCCAUGAGCAUUACGGAUUGUAACUGUUGUUAAAAACAGAAGAAAUUUGUGAAAGAAAUGAACAACAGGAUUCUGAAAAUUAGCCGAACUGUUUGUUUUCAGUCACUGAGAUGCUGAUGAGGGUCCACUCUUUGUCAUAAACAGAAUCCUUCAUGAGUUUGCUGGAUUAGACUCUGCAAUUUUGAUAUAUUUAUGGCUUUUAUAUAUUUAUUAAUAACAUCAGUUAUAGCUCCAACGAUGUGGCGAAGUUAUUCUGAAGUGUCAGAAUAACCAGUUGUGAUCAUGGCAGUAUACUCUGUGACACUUCUAAUGUCCUUAGAAAAGGACACAAGAGACACUACCAUUGAUAUCUCAUUCUCACAAUUUUUAUAUAUAAAAAUAAUCUUGAUACGUUAUACAAAAAUGGGAAAAUGUUUGAUACUGAAAUAUGCAGCUUUUUAUAUUGUGUAAUGCAGGGUUGUUCGUUGAGAAUGUUGAAAUGUUAAGUAUUAUUUAUAUUAUUAUUUAGUUGUUAAGUAAAUGUGUUUAUUCUUGGCAAAUUACAGACAGAACAGAAAAGUGCAAUGAUAUUGCAAUGGUACAAUUUAAAUACAACAAGUGCAAAGGUUAGUACAAACCCAACACCACACAACUAGAAUACACAUCAAUCGCAGUCCAGACAAAAAGCAGUUGCCAGUACAUUGUCAUUCUUUGUGUUUUUUACACCUGGAAAGGAAAGUGCUUUCUUUUCGGGACAAUAUGGAACAGAGGAAUUGUUUUCCAAGAGUCAAAUAUCCUUUUUUUUAAAUGUAUUUUUACUUGUGGUAUUUUUAGUGCUUAUUUAUUUCUGAUAUUUAUUCCUACCGGCAAAACACGCUAUUUUGUAUUUAUUGUAUUGUACAACCCUGUUUAUUACUUGAAACUUUUCAUUUUCUUGA